AUGGGUGCGCUGAGAAGAGUGAAGACUAAGCGCCUGACAAGAGGCUACGAUCAAGUGCGCGAAGACCUCGAGUCCCCCAAACACCUUGCGCAGUACAAAGCCACCAAAGACGCAGACGAUCUUCCAGGCCUAGGAAAGCACUAUUGUGUCGAAUGCGCAAAAUGGUUUGAGAGCGAAUACAAUUUGGUCGCCCACACCAAGGGCAAGAACCACAAACGAAGACUCCGCCUAUUACGCGAGGAUCCUCAUACACAGAAGAUGGCCGAAGCCGCUGUUGGGUUGGGAACAGACAACGGCAAGCGACCACAGGAAUCUGAAAUCGCCAUGGAGGAUUAA